AUGGUUUCCCUUCUGCAGCUCGCCAUCGGCUGUUCGGUCGCACUUCUGGCCAGCGCCGCCUGUCCCAGCAACGAAUGGCGACCCUUCAAAGGCAAGUGCUACUACGCGUCGACGUUCGACGUCGGCGGCUGGUCCAUCAGCGACGUGUGCAACUUCGGCUACCCCGGCUCCAAGUCCGUCUCCAUCCACGACAUCGACGUCAACUCGUUCCUGGCGCACGACCUGCUGGACGGCCAGCGCGCCUGGAUGGGGCUGUACCGGCGGGCGGGCUACAGCGGCUUUCACUGGGAGGACGAGUCGCCGCUGGACUGGACGUUCUGGUCGUCGAUCCCGACGGGCACCGACGAGCGGUGCGCCAACAUCAACCAGGUGGAGUCCACCGGACAGUGGGGCAGCCUGCCGUGCGGCGCGCCGCUGCGCUUCCUCUGCGAGACCUUCGAGACGUAG